GGCAUUGGCGGCGAUGGCCACGGCCGGGGCGCUGGCGGGGCUGGCGCUGGGCUUGCAAGGCCCGCGCGUCGUGCCCGUCCCGGACUCGGACUCCGACAGCGAUUCGGAGGACCCGAACUCGCGGCGCGGGGUCAUCCACAGCGGUCACUUCAUGGUGUCGUCGCCGCACAGCGACUCUCCGAGCCGGCGGCGCGACCAAGAAGGGCCCGUGGCGCUCGCCGACUUCGGGCCGCGCAGCAUCGACCCCACGCUUACCCGCCUCUUCGAGUGUAUGAGCCUGGCCUACAGUGGUAAGCUGGUGUCCCCCAAAUGGAAGAAUUUCAAGGGCCUCAAACUCCUCUGCAGAGACAAGAUCCGCCUCAAUAAUGCCAUCUGGAGGGCCUGGUACAGCCAGUAUGUGCAGCGGAGGAAGAGCCCCGUGUGCGGCUUCGUGACACCCCUGCAAGGGCCAGAGGCCGACGCGCACCGGAAACCCGAGGCCGUGGUCCUGGAGGGCAAUUACUGGAAGCGGCGGAUCGAGGUGGUGAUGCGGGAAUACCACAAGUGGCGCAUCUACUACAAGAAGCGGCUCCGGAAGUCCAGCAGAGAGGGAGACCUCCUGGCCCCGAAGCAGGUGGAUGGAAGCUGGCCCUCCCCAGAGCGAUGGGGACAGCUCUUCUCCAGCGUGGUGCCUGUGCUGCUGGGGGGCCCCGAGGAGCCCCACAGGCGGCCACGGCUGGACCUUGACUCCUUCCUGUCUGACAUCUCCGACACCCUCUUCACCAUGACCCAGACCAGCCCCCCACCCUUGCAGCUGCCCACUGAGGAUGCCUACGUGGGCAACGCUGAUAUGAUCCAGCCGGACCUGGCGCCACUGCAGCCCAGCCUGGAUGACUUCAUGGACAUUUCAGAUUUCUUCACCAACUACCGACCCCCACCCACGCCCACGCCAACGAACUUCCUGGAGCCCCCCAGCUUUAGCCCCAUGGCAGAUCCCCACUUUGGCAGCGGGAUCCUGGGUGCUGAAUUGCCUCCCAGCUGCUCGGGUGUGGCCCACCUCUCAGGGCACCAGCGCCUGCAGGCCCAGAGCAGCUGCCCUGUCCCUCUGGACCCCAGCAGCUUCCUCAGCCCCGAGUUCCUCCUUCCGGAAGACGCCAAGUCCAAGCACCCAGCGGCUCCCCUACUGCAAUACCCGCCUGGGGCCGAGGGGCCCGGCCUGGAGCCCCGCCCUCGUGCCCCCUUCCAGCCCCUGGCCCUGCCCUCGACGCUGCUGCCGGAGGAGCCUGUAUUUUCUCCCCAAUUCCCCUUCCCCACCGUUCCUCCAGCACCAGACAUGUCCCCACUGCCAGCCCCCACGGCCUUCCCUCCCACCCAGGCACUGCCUCCCGGUCCCGCGCCUACCCGCUUCCCACUGGAACUGCUCCCCUCGGGCUAUGCCGAACCUCCUUUCAGGCCUCAUUUCGCAGUUCCCCAGGGGGUGCGGCCCAGAGGCAAGCCCCCAGCCCCAAAUGCCAGGGGGCGCAAACCCAGCACCCCCAACUUGGCCCCUGCCCUGGCAGGCGGCCCUGUGGGCAGCACCAACCCAUGCCUCGCUCGGCUGCUGACAGCAGCUAAGUCCCAGCAGGCCCUGGAACCACCCCCCACGCCCAGCGCCCUUCUGCAGCCCUCAGGCUCCCCGCAGGAGGCCGUAUCCAACGCCCCCAUCUUCCCCUCGGCCCCGGCACCCGCACCGUCCCGACCCCGUCCGGGCCGGCCCCCGAGAGCCCCGCACCGGCCUCUGCUGGUCCCCAAAACUGAACGUCUGUCGCCUCCCGCGCCCAGCGGAGGCGAGCGGCGUCUGUCUGCGGAGCUCAAGUCGCUCCCAGCUCCCGCAGCGCCUCUGAGCGCCCGAGACACCCCGACGCACCAGCUCCUGGGCCGGGGCCGGCCGGACAGCAGCAAGACCGAGAGCCGCCGCAUCACGCACAUCUCAGCCGAACAGAAGCGUCGCUUCAACAUCAAACUCGGCUUCGACACGCUGCACGGGCUGGUGACCACGCUGAGCGCGCAGCCCAGCCUCAAGGUGAGCAAGGCCACCACGCUGCAGAAGACAGCCGAGUACAUCUCCAUGCUGCAGCAGGAGCGCGCGACGCUGCAGGAGGAGGCCCAGAAACUGCGCGAACAGAUUGAGGAGCUCAACUCGGCCAUUAACCUGUGCCAGCAGCAGCUGCCUGCGACCGGGGUGCCCAUCACACACCAGCGCUUCGAUCAGAUGCGGGACAUGUUCGACGACUAUGUCCGGACUCGCACACUGCACAACUGGAAGUUCUGGGUCUUCAGCAUCCUCAUCCGGCCUCUGUUCGAGUCCUUUAACGGGAUGGUGUCCACGGCCAGUCUGCAUAGCCUCCGCCAGACAGCGCUAGCCUGGCUCGACCAGUACUGCUCACUGCCCGCCCUCCGGCCAACGGUGCUGAACUCCCUCCGCCAGCUGAGCACAUCCACGAGCAUCCUGACAGACCCUGGCUGCAUCUCCGAACAAGCCAAGCGAGCCGUUACUCAGGGCAUCUCGGGGAAGCCUUUAUAAAUGGACUGAAAUGGCCCAGCCCUGGCUGUGCCCUCUCCCAUGAGCCACAUUCUGGGCCCUUCUCAGCAGCACAGACACUAGGACUCAAUGCUCCUGCCAGCCCGUGGGCACCUCCAUUCUCUCAGCUGCCAAUUGGAGCAGAACAGUGGCAGUGGCAUGGUGACCCCGAGGCCUGGGGGGAUCUCAGCCAUCAACUCAGGGAAGCAUCUUUAAGAAGGGGGAAG